UCUUUCUCUCCUCCUCCUCUUCCUCCUCCCCCAUCCUGUGCUUUCCUGCAGUUGGUUGGGGCUGCGCAAGACACAGCACGUGGCAGGUAAGGAAAGAGUUAAGCCAGUCCAGAGCCGACUUUUCGUGUCAGGAAAGAUUUUGUGCUGCCUUUAAUCUAUCAGUCCUGUACAUCACACACACACACACACAGAGGCGUGCACGCACCCACACAUUCUCUCUUUCCCUCUCUUUCCCAGGGAGAGAAGGAAGGAAGGACCAAAAGAAAUCUGCAUCCAAGGAGAUUCAGGGGGGGUUCCAGGCCUUGGCAUCUUCUCAAGCAUUCAAAACCUGACAACACAUUUGUACCAUUCAUCUCUUCUCUUUCUCUCCUCCCCUCCCCUCCGCCUUUCCCUCCCUCUCUUUCUCUGGCAGGGGACAGAGAUGCAAUUUUAAGAUAUGUGUGUACAUAACCCAUGAGCACAGUUUUCGGUGCAUUACAUUCAGUCAUCUGCUGGACAGGAAAAAGCUCUUUUAUUUCUACCAGGAAGCCUUACUUCUUUUUUUGUAUGAGUGUGUGUGAAACUUUUUCUCCCCCCCUUUUUUUAAAAACUGAAGCGAAAGGAUAUUCCUUCCCCUCCCUUUCCUUUCUUUCCUCUUGUUAGUUUGGGAGAAGGAGAGAGAACCAUGGGACUGAACAGGAGGCGGAAAUGUGACCAAAAUGCUAUCUAACACCAGUGAGUCUCCUUCUGGUUUUUGGGAAGGCGGAGUGGAUUUUGUUAUUAUUAUUUUUUCUCAAAGUAAAACAUUCCUCUUCUUUUUCUUUUCUUUUCGGGAUUUAUAAAUACAUUUUGUCUCGAAACGGGAAACAGCAUCUCAGCUUGGAUUGGCCGGCCUAUUUCCCAAGGGACGCGUCUGGAAUAGAAGAUUGAAGACUUGAAUAUUAUCUUUUGGGUUUUGUUUUUGUUUUGUUUUUUGUGUGUGUUUUAACUUGAAGCAAAGACACUGGUGGCCAACCCGGCCUGUUUGGCGGAUUCCCCAGCCGCGUUUGGAUUCCCUAAAUACUUCCCCGCUAGGGAUCAAGAGGCGACGGAGAGGGGGAGAAGGAUCAGGAAACAGAAAACAACCGACAAAAAGCCUCCCCCUUGUCUCUUUGGGAUUCGUCGUCGUCGCCAGUAUAGGAUUCUGCUCUCCGAUCCUUCAGAAACCAAACUUUUGCUUUGAUUCCCUCCUUCCCAUCCCCCUCCACCCUCCACAAGCCCCCAACCUUCUUAUCCUCUUGUUCUGCCUGGAGAAGAUGUACGAAAGUGUGGAUGUAGCUGGUUUAAGCAACAGUCCUAACCCCUUCUUCAUGAUGGAUUUUUACAACCAGAACCGUGCCUGCUUGAUCCAGGACAAAGGACCCGGAAACCCUAACCCUUACAGCACCCCUGUCCGUAACCAGCAUUGGAACAGUUCCAAUCACUCCAUUGAAACACAGAGUACCAGCUCUGAAGAAAUCGUGCCCAGCCCUCCUUCGCCACCCCCACUGCCCCGAAUCUACAAACCCUGCUUCGUGUGCCAGGAUAAAUCAUCCGGCUACCACUAUGGUGUCAGCGCCUGUGAAGGAUGCAAGGGUUUUUUCCGCCGUAGCAUCCAGAAGAACAUGGUGUAUACCUGUCACCGCGACAAGAAUUGCAUCAUCAACAAGGUGACACGAAACCGUUGUCAGUACUGCCGCCUGCAGAAGUGCUUUGAAGUUGGCAUGUCCAAGGAAUCUGUCCGAAACGACAGAAACAAGAAGAAGAAAGAUGCUCCAAAGCAGGAAUGUUCGGAGAGCUAUAUCAUCACGCCUGAGGUAGAGGAUCUCAUUGAGAAAGUACGCAAGGCCCAUCAGGAGACCUUCCCUGCCCUCUGCCAGUUGGGCAAAUACACCACGAAUAACAGUUCUGAUCAGCGGGUGUCUCUCGACAUAGACCUAUGGGACAAGUUCAGUGAACUAUCCACAAAGUGCAUCAUCAAGACAGUUGAAUUCGCCAAGCAGUUGCCAGGUUUCACCACGCUCACCAUCGCUGAUCAGAUCACGCUUCUCAAAGCUGCCUGCCUAGACAUCCUGAUCCUCCGGAUAUGUACGCGCUACACCCCAGACCAGGACACCAUGACUUUCUCAGAUGGCCUGACACUCAACCGCACGCAGAUGCAUAACGCAGGCUUUGGGCCACUCACGGAUCUGGUCUUCGCCUUUGCCAACCAGCUGCUGCCACUUGAGAUGGAUGAUGCCGAAACAGGACUGCUCAGCGCCAUAUGCCUCAUAUGUGGGGAUCGGCAGGACCUGGAACAACCGGAUCGAGUAGAUAAGUUGCAGGAACCACUUUUGGAGGCCCUAAAAAUCUACGUGAGGAAGAGGAGACCUAGCAAACCCCAUAUGUUCCCCAAAAUGUUGAUGAAGAUCACAGACCUCCGAAGCAUCAGCGCAAAGGGUGCUGAAAGAGUCAUUACCUUGAAGAUGGAGAUCCCUGGGUCGAUGCCCCCACUCAUCCAGGAGAUGCUGGAGAACUCUGAAGGCAUGGACACGUUGGGGGCCUCAACGGGGUCCUCGUCCCGCAGCCUCGCCCCACCUCCAGGCAGCUGCAGCCCCAGCCUUUCUCCCAGCUCCAACAGAAGUAGCCCUGCCACCCAUUCGCCGUGACCCCACUGGCCACCAGGACAAGCCGCUUGACCACCCCCUUCCCUGCACACUUCGGUCUUUUGUUCCCUGGCGAUGCCUGGACAAACGUCUGAGGAGCAGGGGUGGGGCGAAGGGGGGAAGCCGUGGGACCUCAUGCCACUGGAAGCAAUCUCCUCUCCCCCCACCCUCUCUGCGCCACGUGGGUCACGGUCGGGCCCAUAAAGGUGGGCUCCGCGUACUGUUCCAUACCAGCACACAUCUUUUGUUCAACCGUUCCAGCAAAAGAGGGGUUCUGCUCACAACAGAGGCCCACUCUCCCACCGCGGAGGCACAGAUCGUAUACAGGAAAUUCCGAACUCUCUGCAGACAGAUCAAUGAGCCGAUCUGGAGGACAGAUGCUCAGAACUAAGAGCGAGACUUUGCAUAUAUAUAUAUAUAAAUAUACAUAUAUAUAUAUUAAAAACAAACAAACAGCUGAUUACAGAAAAAAAAUCACCUCCUAUGUGGCACGCACCAACCCACUGUCCUCUUCAUCCUGUCGUGCACACAUACACACCUCCACAAUUGGGGGUUGCCUGCUUCUUGUUGCAGUGAAAAUGAAGUGGUGUUCUUUAUUUUCCCCUCUCCCUCUCUCUCUUUCUCUCUCUUUCUGGUUGAGUUUGCAUUUCAAAUGUUUCAGGGGGAAAGGGUGUAAUGUUUCCUGUUUUGUUUUUUGUUUUCUUUUUUAAUGGCUCAGACCCCCUUUGAUUGUCCUCAACUUGACCGUGCAAAGUUCCCUUUUUCCUCCUUCCUUCCCUUGCCUCUUCUCCCACUCCUUGUCCACCCACACAUGCCUAAAAAUGUCACCAGCAAAUAAUAAUAAUGAUAAUAAUAAAGUAAAAUUAGUUCUUCAGGUUAAGAAAAAAAAAGAGUACACAUAGAACAAGGAGGGAAGGAUUUCAUUUAAGAAAGAAGAAAUAUUAUAUCUAUAAAUAUCUAUAAAUAUCUAUAAAUACGUUUUAAAAAGAAAACUUUGUAAAAGUUUGGACAUUCGGAAGGUUUCUAGAAAGAGCUUGGCAAGGAGAAAACCGAGGGAAACAAGAUUUGUGUAGGGGGGUUGGUCACAAUUUUCUUUUUUAAUGUGAAACCUGUAUUCAGAGCUACAUGUUUUUAAAAAUCAGGGGCCACACUCACACACAAGGCUGAACCAGAAUAACAAGGGUUCUCUGGCUUAUUGGUACUGAGCAGCGGGCCAGUGCACACAUCCCAGUCACUCCAGCUUGAUUCUCUCUGGAAAUCUGAACUGCAAAGGUGGACAACUUUGGCCAAUCUAGGGCUCAUUUGGAUCAACCUGUUCUGUCCCUUAAAACUGGGUGCUUUUAUUUUUUUGGAAGGAAAAAAACAACCUAGGUAAAAGCACUGUUUUGAUGGAACUUGGCAGAAAACCGGGGACAGGGUGAUUCAUCCCUGAUUUUAAAAAGGCCUCUUCCUGUUUGCGGCAUGGCUUUGUUCCCAAUUUACGGAGACCCUAAGGCAGUGUUUCUCAACCUUCCUAAUGUUGCAACCGCUUAAUACAGUUCCUCAGGUUGUGGUGACCCACAACCAUAAAAUUAUUUUCGUUACUACUUCAUAACUGUCGUGUUGCUACUGUUAUGAAUCGUAAUGUAAUGUUUGAUAUGUAGGACGUAUUUUCAUUCAUUGGACCAAAUUUGGCACAAAUACCCAAUAUGCCCAAAAUUGAAUACUGCGGGGUUGGGAGGGGAUUGAUUUUUGUCAUUUGGGAAUUAUAGUUUGCUGGGAUUCAUAGUUAACCUACAAUCAAAGAGUAUUCUGAACUCCACCAAUGAUUGAAUUGAACCUAACUUGGCACACACAACUCCCAUGACCAGCAGAAAAUAUUGGAAGGGUUUGGUGGGCAUUGACCUUGACCUUUGGAGUUGUAGUUCACCUAUAUCCAGAGAGUACUAAUGACUCAAACAGUGAUGAAUCUGGACCCGAAUAAUCAAUAGGCCCAAAUGCGAAGACUGGUGGAAUUUGGGGAAAAUAUGCCUUGAUAUUUGGGAGUUGUGGUUGCUGAGCUUUAUAGAUCACCUACAAUCGAAGAGCAUUCUGAACCCCACCAAUGAUAGAAUUUGGCCAAACUUCGCACACAGAAUCCCCAUGACCAACACAAAAUACUGUUUUUUCUGAUUGUCUUUGGCGACCCCUCUGACAUCCCCUCGUGACCCCCCAGAGGUCCUGUCCCCAGGUUGAGAAACACUGUCCUAAGGCAAACCUAGUACCAGGUUUUCUUGGCACAGUUUGUCCAAAGGGAGUUUGCCUGUGCCUUCAGGUAAGACUGAGAUUUGAGCAAGGUCAAUGGAUUUCCAUGGCCAAGUCCGGGAUUUAGACCUUAGUCUUUGGAGUUAUAUUUCAAGACUGUGCUGGCUCUCAUUAGAAAAGCCUCUCAGCUAUAGUUGGGUAUGUGGAAGAAGGAUAAUAAAAUAUAGUGGAAGGGUUUAAAAAUGGGAAGAGAGCCUUGUAUUGUCUACCUCUGAGCUCAGGAUGGAUAUGGCUUCAUGUUAUGUCCAAAUGCAGACAUAGCUUGGCUCGGCUCAGGCCAGGCAAUAGACCCAAAAGAGGCCUUUUUGAAACCGUAAAAUAGCAUGCUGCUUUAGGACAAGGAGAAGCCUUUUUAAAAACCAAGAAACAAAACAUUGCAGUUCAUUUCUUGAUUGGAAAAAGGUUUUUCCUGGAUCUAAACUAAAACAUGCGGCAAAAACAUGGAAAAGUUAUCUCUGAUCUGCCAAAGGGCACCGAGAACAUUGUAAACAAACAAAACAAAAAUGGAAUGGGUAUCCUCGGAGAUCUCAAAAAUUAUUGGGAAGGAACUGGUAUAAGGAUGCGCUGCUCAUUGUUGAUAAAUCUGAAUUCUUAGCAAUUCCAACCAAGCAAAUCUGGGUCGUGUGAGUUAAAGGUGCUUAAUUUUGGAUGGAUUUGUAUCCUUUGGUUAUUGGCUGCUUUGACUGAGAGCUGUUCUUUUUGGAUCAGUCUCGGAUACAUAACUACAAUCUGGCAAGAUUUGGCGGGAGGGGCAGAUGAAAAUUUGGGAAGCAAGUCAAGGUUUUAAGCACUGUGAUAAAAGUGUUAUUUUGAGCAAAAAAAAUGCUUGGAGUUUUCUGAAGUAUGUGUGUGUGCUCGCUCGCGCAUGUGUGAAAAACAACCCUACAGUGUUCUAUGUUUCCACUAACAACCCCCUUCCAUUAACUUUAAUGCUGCUUUUAAAUUUUUAGAACAAA